UUGUGUCCGGCGUGGACGCGCUCCAAGUUUCUGCCCCAUCCGCACUCACGCCUUACGCGCACACUGUGGCUCGUUCUUUCGCUCCGCGUCGAAGCCCGACAGUCCGCAAGAGAAGAGAUGGAGAAAGAGGAGAGAGGAGAGUGAGAGGGGGAAGAAAGAAGAGACAGAGAGAGAGGAGGGGAGGAAAAAAAAACCCGUGAACCCAGAAGAUGCUCACGUUUGGCUCUCCUCAAUUAUCCCCUCCCGUGAAGAUAGGUGGCGUGCGUUUCAGGGGGCUUCUCCUCUGUGUUGCACGGCAAAGAAAAGGAGGUGGAAAGAAAAAAAUGUCAUUAGAAGAGGCGUAACACGUCAGUCCAGAGCCAGGUUUGUUUCCUGGAGUGGGUGUAAGACAUCAGUUGUAAACCUGCCCGAGCAGGAAUAGCGGUCCCUCCCUCCUCCAAACUAUUUCUAAGGCUUUAUUAUCACCGGUGGACCAGGAUCCGCGCACCACCGCGCUCCGGUAUCAUCCACAAGACACAUCCUCACACCCCCCCCAAAAAAACAGAUCUCAGGCUGGAAUCAAGGGAUCGAGUCCAUGCGAGGUGCCAUCUGAUCCACAAACACUUAUCAAUGAAGCAGGAGAUCAUGGCGGAUGGCCCCAGGUGUAAGAGGCGAAAACAAGCCAACCCGAGACGGAAAAACGCGCUCAACUACGAGAAUGUGGUGGAGACGGGAUCAGAGACGGAGGAGGAGGACAAGCUGCCCGUGUCCGAGGAAGACCCGCUGAUCAACGGCACCGGCAGCCCCGCCAGCCUCACCAACCCAGAUGCUUCGCCACGAGCCGAGAGCCACGGCCUGCUGUCCAAGGAGGAGGAGGAUGACGAGAUGCGAGACAGCGGCGUGGAGCACAUCUGGCCCGACAACGACAUGCUGAGUGCAUCAGUCGAUGGUACCGAUGAAAUAAAAGAUGAUUUUGACACCCUGGGGCCUGACGCCACGUUGCAGGCGGUUGCAAACGGUACAGUCAAGAGCGUCGAUUGCACUUCAGAGUUCGAGGAGUUUUUUGCUAAGCGGAAACUGGAUGACAGCGACAGCCAUGUGGCGAGCAUUGCCGAGUACCUCCAAAGGGGCGACACCGCCAUCAUUUACCCAGAAGCACCAGAGGAGCUGUCACGCCUGGGUACUCCGGAGGCCACCGGACCCGAGGAGAACGACCUGCCACCUGGAACGCCAGAUGCCUUCGCCCAACUGUUGACCUGCCCCUACUGCGACCGGGGCUACAAGCGUUUGACAUCGCUGAAGGAGCACAUCAAGUACCGCCAUGAGAAGAACGAGGAGAACUUCGCCUGCCCGCUGUGCAACUACAUGUUUGCUUACCGCACUCAGCUCGAGCGCCACAUGGCCACACACAAGCCAGCGAGAGAUCAGCACCAACUGCUCAACCAAGCGGCCGGCAACCGCAAAUUCAAAUGCACCGAGUGCGGAAAAGCCUUCAAAUACAAGCACCAUCUGAAGGAACACCUCCGGAUUCACAGCGGUGAAAAACCAUAUGAGUGUCCGAACUGCAAGAAGCGAUUUUCCCACUCAGGCUCCUACAGCUCGCAUAUCAGCAGCAAAAAGUGCAUCGGCCUGAUCGCCGUCAACGGCAGGAUGCGCAGCCACAUGAAAACAGGUUCCUCCCCGACCUCGGCAUCCUUGUCGCCCACCAACACCGCCAUCACGCAGUUGCGGCAGAAGUUGGAGAAUGGUAAGCCGCUAGGUCUCCCCGACCACAACAACCACCUGAACAUCAAGACUGAGCCACUCGACUUCAAUGACUACAAGCUGAUGAUGGCGUCGCACGGCUUCAGCACUCCGGGAGCAUUCAUGAACGGGAACAGCCCGCUUGGGGUACACCACAACUCCACAGCCCAGAGUCCCUUGCAACACCUGGGGAUGGGAGGACUUGAAUCGCAGCUCCUGGGCUAUCCAGGGUCCCUGGCGAACAACCUGAGCGAGGUGCAGAAGGUCCUCCAGAUUGUGGACAACACGGUAUGCAGGCAGAAAAUGGACUGCAAGCCAGAGGAGCUCUCCAAGCUCAAGGCCUACAUGAAGGAGCUGGGCUCUCAGGUUGAAGAACAGAAACAAGUGUUGACAUCCCCUGGGGGCCCUCAGGUUGGUCUUCCACUUGUCAGCCACAAUGGCGCCACCAAAAGUAUUAUCGAUUACACGUUAGAAAAAGUGAAUGAAGCCAAAGCCUGCCUCCAGAGCUUGACGACAGAUUCAAAGAGACAGAUUAGCAAUAUCAAACGAGAGAAGUCCAACCACAUGCUUGAAGGAGGAGUGGAUGAGAAGGUGCAGGAAAAUAUGUUUACACCAUACGCUUGCCAAUACUGCAAAGAGACCUUUCCCGGACCCAUCCCUUUGCAUCAGCACGAGCGUUACCUUUGUAAAAUGAAUGAGGAGAUCAAAGCCGUACUGCAGCCCAGUGAGAACCUGAUACCCACCAAACCAGGGAUGUUCAUGGAAAAGACUGCCCACUUGACCUCCUCCAUGUUGUCCGAAAAGGGACUCUCUGCUCCUCUAAACCCCUACAGGGACCACAUGUCCGUGCUGAAGGCCUAUUUCGCCAUGAACAUGGAGCCUAACUCAGAGGAGCUGCUCAAGAUUUCCAUAGCAGUUGGCCUUCCUCAGGAAUUUGUCAGGGAGUGGUUUGAGCAGCGGAAAAUGUACCAGUACGGCAGCACUAGAACCCCACCCCUAGAGCACAGGAACAACACAGACAUGGUGAUCGGAACAAAUAACCACCACACCCCACCAAAAGACUCUAUGGCAGCUAGGUCACCUGUGUCUCUUAUCAAACCUGUUGACCGCAUCACGUCACCCUCCAUAGCGGAGCUCCAAAACAACGUGAACAACUGUGACACUGCACUCAGACAUUUGAAAAACCAUCAGUUUAGUGGCAGCGGCGCCAAAUCCAUGGGCGAGAAAUUGGACCACUCUCGCAGUAACACUCCUUCGCCCUUAAAUCUAUCCUCAACAUCUUCCAAAAACUCGCACAGCAGCUCCUACACUCCAAACAGCUUAACGUCAGAAGACUUGCAGGCUGAGCCGCUGGACCUGUCGCUGCCCAGACUCAUGAAGGAACCCAAACAUGCACUGACUGUCAAAAGCAGACCCAAAAUCAACAGCAUCACUGUUGACCAUAAUAGUGUACCCUCUCCACGCGAGCACUUCGAAGAGCCUUUAAAUUUGGCCUAUCUCAAGAAGGAUUUCUCAGCUUCCACCAACAAUGGAAGCCUUGAAAAAAGCACUAGCCCUAUUUUUGGCAUUAACCCAUUUGCUGCCAAGCCCUUGUACACGUCACUUCCACCUCAGAGCGCUUUUCCACCAGCCACAUUUAUGCCCCCGAUGCAGGCCAGCAUACCAGGCCUUAGGCCCUACCCAGGCAUGGACCAAAUGGGCUUCCUACCGCACAUGGCCUACACUUACGCAGCAGGGGCAGCUACGUUUGCCGAGAUGCAGCAGAGGAGAAAGUACCAGCGGAAACCAGGUUUCCAGGGGGAGCUGCUCGACGGUACACCAGAUUACAUGUCAGGGUUGGACGACAUGACAGACCCCGAUUCCUGUCUGUCGCGGAAGAAGAUUAAGAAGACUGAAAGUGGUAUGUACGCGUGUGACUUGUGCGACAAAACAUUCCAGAAGAGCAGUUCCCUUCUCAGACACAAAUAUGAACACACAGGCAAGAGGCCGCACCAGUGCCAGAUCUGCAAGAAGGCCUUCAAACACAAACACCAUCUCAUUGAGCACUCCAGGCUGCACUCAGGGGAGAAACCGUACCAGUGCGACAAGUGCGGCAAGCGCUUCUCCCACUCGGGCUCCUACUCGCAGCACAUGAACCACCGCUAUUCCUACUGCAAACGGGAGGCCGAGGAGCGGGAGGCCGCCGAGAGGGAGGCCCGCGAGAAGGGACACCUGGAGCCCACAGAGCUGCUGAUGAGCCGGGCGUACUUGCAGGGCAUAACGCCUCAGGGUUACCCGGAGCUGCCGGAGCCCAUCCUGAGGCACGAGGCCGUGAACGGAGGGAUCAGAGAAGGACGGAAGGAAGUGGAUGAAGCGUACACAAAGAUCAGACGGAGGGACGAGAUGUUUGAGGAAGAGGAGGAGGAGAGCAAGAGCAUGGACACGGACCCGGAUACGUUGAGGGAUGAGGAGGAGAACGGGGAGCACUCGAUGGACGAUAGCUCGCUGGAUGGAAAAACGGAAACCAAAUCGGAUCAUGAGGAUGUGCUGGAGGAUGGCAUGUAAUGGCGGACGAUGCUGAAAAGCUUCCCACUUUAAAAAACAAACAACAAAAAACAGUAUUUUUACCUGCUUAAAAAUGCACUGCCGCGUUUUUAAGCUGUAUGUGCACGUGCCUGAAGCUUCCGGGAAGCUUUUUUUGACAGAUGAUGUUAAUGUCUACCCAACAAAAAUCAAUCUGAAGGGGGUUUGUGAAAUAAGCUGCAUUAUGCAAACCUAACAAUAACGAGAAGAUGUACAGGACUACGGCCUAAAAAUGUGUGUGGUGCUAACCUCCUCCAAUAAAACCCCCCCGUGUUCCAUAGUAUUUAUAGCACAACUAGUGACUUGUACAAAUUGCACUCCGCUUCUGUAAUCAUGAAGAAAAAUAAUAAAAAGUAUUGCCUAUGUAUAUAUUUAUAGAGUGUUGGAACCAGAGCAGUGAUGUGUGUGUGUGUGUGUGUGUGUGUGCGUGUGUGUGUGUGCGUGCGUGCAUGUGUGCGCGCUCCACCUUCCUACCUACUGUGUUGUCUUUUUCGUUGGGCCACCGCUGCCCACCGCCACUCUUGUUAUAGGCCUCUCCAAUCAACUCCACAUGAAGGAAUUUAAACCGGUGGCUGUAUGAAUGAGCUCCUCCAACAACCUGUACAGGACCACAUUUGAAGUGAAAAUCCACUUUAAUGUCUGGAGGAAAAUGAAGGAAAUGUUUUUUGAUAAGAGAUAAAAAAAAAAGAAAAAGAAGAAGCCUUAUAUGCAAACCUUUUAACCUGUGUGUUUUCUGCAAGUGCCACCCCAGUAUCGUGUUAAAGGACUUUUGUUCACCAGCUUCAGUAUUCUAUGAAAUGGUUCACCAUUGUUCUUUGAAGCACUCGUUGUCAGUAUUAAAGACUCUCGGCAGCAGUUUCUUUAGUUUACAUUAUGUUGUGCAAUGUUUUCUCAGUUUUUUUUCUAACUCUGUCAGUAUUACACCAAACCAUCUUUUUUUUUUCUUUUUUCCCUUUUUUUUAAAAGAGAAAACAAAUUUCAUUUGUUGGUUGAAGAAUCAUUAUUUAUGUGGCCCAUUUUAUAUUUCCUAAUUUUAUUUAUUUCAUACUGUUGUGUACAGUAUUAUAGUUCUUCAGUAUAUAGAUAUAUUUUAGUAAAAAAGAAACAUGUUGUCGAUCAUGGGGCAAAUUUUACGGAAAGAGAGCAUUUAUUGUGUUUUGAAUCAUUGUGAAAGUUUAAUCUUAUUUCAUUUCCUUUUAUUUUCCAGUUACUGGAAAAUUCCAAAUUUGGGAACUUUUAUACAAUUGUGAAAACACUGUAUUUUCAACUGAAAAAAAAUUCCACUUUCUUCAUCUUGUUUUUUUUUUUUUUUUUAAGCUGAAAAAAAUUGAAGAGGGACUGUUGAAUACUAUGUAUGAUAUCCUGACUGAAGAAGAAUCUUUCCUGAAAUGUCUUUGUAAAAGUAUUAUUGAAUUUGUAAUUUCUCUGGAAAAUGAUCCUGCUCGAAUAAAAGUAGCCAAAUUACAGAGUAC